AUGUCCCAGCACAAUGAAGCACAGUUCUCUCCCAGAAAGCGCCGGCGCGACUCCCUGUCCGCGGCCGAUCCGAAGCGCAUCAAGCGCCAGCAGCUCGAUCCCUCCCAACCAUCCCAUCACCGCGACGCCGGACCAAGCAUCAACGAGCUCAAAACGAGAAUUCGAAAUAUAAAGCGCCUACUCGCCAAAAGGACGGACGAUCUGCCCGCAGAUGUGCGCGUCGCUAAAGAAAGAGAGCUAGCAGAAUGCCACCGGGACUUGGAGAGAGCCGAGGAGCGUAAGAAUCGCUCGAAGAUGAUUCAAAAAUACCAUUUUGUGAGGUUUUUGGAACGUAAAAGAGCUCUAAAAGAACUCCGGAAGCUAUGCGCGCAAAGGAGCAAGCUCGACAAAGAUACCAAUCUCGACCCUUCCUCCAAAGCAGCGGCACUUGAAAAACUCAACAAAUCGAUAAAGAUCGCAGAGACCGAUCUCAAUUAUACACUUUUCUCCCCCCUAACGGAAAAGUACAUCUCCUUGUAUCCCACCGGACGCCGCCAACAGCAGCAGGGCCAACAAGAAGAACCGCCCGAGCCAGAAGAAUCCAACAUCAUUCGUACAACUACAGGUGAAAAGCCUCCGCUGUGGUACACGGUGCAACAGAGCCAGGCGGACGGGACGCUGGAGCAGCUACGAGACGGGAAGUUGGGAAUCGGUUUAUCUGGCGAAAAGAAGGACCCCGGGGAACGAGAAGUAGCUUCGAGGAAUACGGCGUUGAAUCUGGUCGUGCAUCGGAAGCAGAAGAAAUUGGUGCCCGACUCGCAGAUUGAAGGUGGUGUUGAUGGGCAAAAACGACCCACCAAAGUAUCUACGCGUAGCAAAGGGGCUCAGGGUAAGAAGGGGAAGAAACUCGUGACGAGGGAAGGGGAUGAAGAAGAGAGCGGCAGCGAUGGUGGAUUCUUCGAAUGA